UAGUCUGGAUGCAUUUUACUCCCAAGUUUGCUUCCAGGUCACCACCCCCCUUUUGCACUCCCUUUUUAAGUGUCAUCAUUUAGGGACGACAUCCAUAAAGCCCUGCUUUGAGGGUUAAACACUUCUGUUAAACUAGUCAAGAUAGGAAAGGUACUGCAUCUAUACGCUAGCUCAGGACUAAAAAGUCCACAUAGUUUAGGCAGUCUCUAUCUUCAACUAUCGAAGUCAAAAAAAAUGUCAAAAAAGACUGAACAAUAUGGCAGAUUGGGCAACAGGAAGGUGUGUGUGUGUGGUGGUGGUGGGGGGGGGGGGGCAGAUGAGCCUUCUUGUUUUGAUGGAUGGUUUUCCACGCUCUACUGCUGACUUUACAGACACCCUCUCCUCAAAACCAACACAAGACAUCAACAUGACAGAUCCAAACACCUCCAUCUAUUUCAUCUCAGACUUUGAUGAGCUCUAUAAUGAGAUCAACUACACUGAUCCCUUUAAUGGCUCAGACUUCAUGCUGGAUGUCAACACCCUCAUCUGUGAGAGCACCCCCAUCUCCCACGCCGUCAAUCUGGUAGUAUGUAGCUUCUACAUUCUCAUAUUCCUGUUGGCGAUACCUGGCAACCUGCUGGUGGGGCUGGUGAUCGGCUUGAGCAAGCAGGCCCUGUCUCCCUCAGACCUCUACCUCCUCCACCUGGCAGUGGCUGACGUCAUCCUGGCCGCCACCCUGCCCUUCUGGGCCACCUCCGUGUUGCAGGGCUGGCUGUUUGGCAGCAUAGGCUGUAAGAUGGUCUGCCUCCUCCUGGAGGUGAGCUUCUACGCCAGCAUCCUGUUUCUGGCCUGCAUCAGUGUGGACCGCUACCUGGUGAUCGUCAGGGGGGUGGAGUCUCGGAGCGCCAGCCACCGCCUGCUGGGCUGGGGCGCAUGCGGAGGCGUCUGGGUCCUGGGUACGGCGCUGUCUCUGCCCGCCCUCUACAACAGCUCUUUCACCCCCCUCGAUGGCGGGCAGGAGGUGUGCGCUGAGCGCCACGACAGCAGCACGGCUACAGCCUGGCUCCUGGCCACCAGAGGGCUCCGCCACACCCUGGGUUUCCUCCUGCCGCUAGCCAUCAUGCUGGUGUGCUAUGGGGUCACAGUGCUGCGGCUGCUGCGCACGCGUGGGGGCUUCCAGCGCCAGCGUGCCAUGAGGGUGAUUGUGGCGGUGGUGGUGGCGUUCCUACUCUGCUGGAGUCCAUACCACCUGGCCGUGAUGGCCGACACCCUGCUGAGGGCCAAGCUGCUGCCGGAGGGCUGCACCCUGAGGACGGCCGUGUCCCGGGCCAUGUUCACCACACAGAGCCUGGGGCUGCUGCACAGCUGUGUAAACCCAGUACUGUACGCCUUUGUGGGGAAGAAGUUCCGCCAGAGGCUGGCGAAGGAGCUGAGGAGGAGGGGGGUGCUGGAGAGAACCUCCGUCAGCAGGUCCAGCAGGUCCUCAUCCAUGCCAGAGAACACCUCCACCCUCAUGUGACCAGACUGGGCAAAGAGACACAAAGAAAUACAUGACUGGACUAAAGGGGUGUUUGAGGGAUUGUAUAGUGUCUGGUGGUGUUGGUGAGGGGUAACGAGGUGGACUGGGUUGUGGGGGCAUUUGUGUCUUUUGGUGGAAAAUACUUAUCCUGAUUUGAAGUGAUAUUAUAGUGGAUAGAAUAUGAUUGUGCCAUCUAGUGGCUGAAAACUUCAACAGCAACCUUUCUUCAUUCACCACUCAGCAUCCUGGAAGUAUUUUUGAGGACUCGGAAAUAGGCAGCAAAAAAUAUAAUCUUUUGUUGUUAAAUGUAUAUAAUACACAUUAUAUGUUACCCACUACAGGUAACAAUAUUUUCAUAUAAUGUCACAGGUGAGUUUGCUAAAUUGGCCAUGUAAUGAAAGAUAAUAUUUUCAUAAACGUCCAAUAAAAUGUGUUGUGCUGUUAGAUCUAAGGUUGUCACCAUCAUGACCAACAAAAGAAUCCUAUAUUGAACAUUUAUUACCGUAAGUUAAAGACGUAUGUGGGAAGAGCUUCCUUUUCUCGGUGAAAAGUUAAACUUUCUUUCUCUUUGUCUGCCAAGACAGAAGACAGUUGUGAAACAUCUUUCUGUCAACUGCUUUACAACUGUCACUCAGUCAGUGUCUGUACAGUCCU